AUGAGAAUGGCUACCAGGCAUUUUGCAAUGGGAAUUUUUCUCUUCUCCCAGAUUACAUUGGGAAUACUUGGCAAUUCCUCAAUACUAUUUCAUUACAUCUUUUUGAUACUCACUGGAAAACACUUAAUGCCCAAAGAUCUGAUUUUAAAGCACUUGACUUUUGCCAAUUGCCUGUCUAUCAUCUCAAGAGGCAUUCCACGGGCAAUGUCAGAUUGUGGACUUAAGGAUUUUCUUGAUGAUAUUGCAUGUAAAUUGAUAGUGUAUAUAUGCCGAAUAACAAGGGGGAUGUCCCUUUAUGCAAUGUGUCUACUCAGUUGUUUCCAAGCAAUCACUAUCAACCCUAGCAACUGCAGGUGUUUGACACUCAAGCACAGAGCCACCAAGUACAUUGGUCAUUGCUGCUCAGUCAGUUGGCUUCUGCACCUGUUUCUAAACAUCUUGACUCCAGCAAGAGUGUCAGGCCCCAGUUACAAGAAAAAUGUGACUAACAUGAGUUAUGGGUACUGCUCAUGGGUUGCUUCAGGCAAUGUGGCAACUGCACUAUAUAUGUUAUUACUGUGCUUCUCUGAUGCUCUGUGUCUGACUCUCAUGGCCUGCUCAAGUGUCUCUAUGGUGAGUGUCCUCUACAGACAUAAAAGACAAGUCAAACAUAUCCACAGUGCUCAGCAUGCUCUAAAAGACUCUCCUGAAGACAGAGCCACACAAACUAUCCUCAUCCUGAUGUGCAUAUUUGUCCUCUCUUACUCAUUCUCCUCCAUAGUGGUCAUCUUGACAACCUACUCCAAAUAUCCAAUGCUAUGGGGGGUAAGUGUACUUACAUUUAUAGAAAUAUGCUUUCCCAUAUUUUGUCCCUUUGUUAUCAUUAGCAACAUGAACUCUAGUUCCAGCCCAUUUUUACCCUGCUUUGGUAAGCGGUAA